CAUAUAAAAUCGAGCAAAGGGGAGACCUUUAUAUAAUAAUGCAAUCUCUGUCUCUCGAUCGAUGAAUACGACUCUGUUCUCGGAUAAACAGAUAAUGGAUCUGAUGAACGACAACAACUCAAACGACGGCGAUCAUCAGAGAUUGGGUGUCGGCGAUAAUGAUUUAGCUUCGAAGAAGGAAGCGAUCGUCCCGAGCUACGAUUUUCAGCCUAUUCGACCUAACUCCACCGUCGGGUUGUCUCACUCCGCUUUAGAUCUCGCCGGAUCUGUCAAUUCCACGGGGGCUAGGGUCUGGGGUGCGUCUGAUGUACUACCCGUUCCAACCUCAUCCGCAAGACAGAGUUAUGGUUCCCUUGACUCUCUUGAGCUUUCGAAGUUGUUUGCUGAGAAGAAGGAACGAGUCAACCCUGAGACGGUGAUUAUAUCAGAGAUUGAUCGGGCGUUGAAGAAACAUACCGAUAACUUGCUGCAUGUCAUGGAAGGUGUCAGUGCACGUCUAACACAACUGGAGAGCAGAACCAGGAAUCUCGAGAAUCUGGUGGAUGAUGUGAAAGUUUCUGUUGGGAACAGUCACGGAAACACUGAUGGGAAAAUGAGACAGCUUGAAAACAUCAUGUUAGAGGUGCAAAGCGGUGUACAGUUGUUGAAGGACAAACAAGAGAUACUUGAAGCGCAGCUUCAGCUUUCAAAGCUUCAGGUAUCGAAGGCAGAGCAGCAUUCCGAUAAGCACUCUACACAUGUUGAACCCACUGCUCAACCUCCCGCUGCACCGUCUCAGCCGCAAGCUUCUGCUGCAGCUCCACCUUCUCUUACUCAGCAGGGCCUCCCACCUCAACAAUUUAUCCAACAGCUUCCCUCGCAGCACAGUCUCCCGGCACCUUCAUCACAACUGCCUCAGCUUCCCAGCCAGUUUCCUCCCCAACAGGAGUCUUAUUUCUCCCCGCCUGGUGGUGGUCAGUCCCAGCCGCCUCCGGUGAACAAUCCUCCUUAUCAACCUCCCCCUCCUCGAACCCAUCAACCACCUUACCAGACACCUCCCCAACAGCCGCAGUACCCCCAGCAGCCACCUCCUCAGCUUCAACAACCGUCGUCAGGCUACAACCAGGAGGAACCACCUUACCCUCUGCAGUCUUACCCGUCAAACCCUCCUCGUCAACAACCACCUCCUGCUCCCGCCCCAUCUCAACAGUACUUCAAUGGUCCUCCAACGCCACCAUCAAUGUACGACGGACCAGGAGGUAGAUCCAGUUCAGGUUUCCCUUCCGGGUACUCUCCUGAACCUUACCCGUAUACCACGCCACCCUCUUCGCAGUUUGGAAACACCCAGUCACUGAAGCCGUCGCAUCAGAGUGGAGGAGGCGGCGGAUCUGGUUAUCCGCAAAUCCCUAUGGCUCGGCCACUACCACAAGCUUUACCAAUGGCUACAGCUAUCAGCAGCGGUGGAAGUGGAGGAGGAUCAGGUUCGCCAAGAGCCGGAAGUAAUGUCCCAGUGGACGAUGUGAUCGACAAAGUGAGUAGCAUGGGGUUCCCAAGAGACCAAGUGAGAGGAACGGUGAGGUCGUUGACUGAGAACGGUCAAGCCGUGGACCUGAAUACUGUUUUAGACAAGCUGAUGAAUGGAGGUGUGACGCAACAGCAGCAGCAGCAGCAACCACCAAGAGGUUGGUUCGGGGGUCGUUAGCUGUGUGUCCCAUGACAUUGUAUAGAGAGUCUCAUCUCCAUGAUGGAUCGCUAGUUGGAGAGCACAUCUUCAAAUUUACAUCUGCGUUUCAUUUGUGAUUUUACUAUUUUCUCAGACCUUUCUAUAUGUGUUUGAAACUAAAGAUUCAGAAAUUCAUUUUCUUCUGUGUUC